GCGACUCGUCCAGCCGUCUCUCACUCAAGAGUCGAAUAUUGUCGUCGUGUCGUCAACAGCGAGACGCUCACACAACGAUGUGUGGUAGCUUAACAUUUUGGGGUUACGUAUGGGGCAUCUUGUCCAUCCUGGUCGCCGCUUCGACGUCAGUCGGCUACUACUUCGCUGAUUGGCUGUCCGGAGACCCCAAGUUCAAUGGCGUCUCGCCCACCAACUAUACCGACCUCUCAUUUUUCAAUCAGACCAUAGACGUCAAGUUCACCUUCUCCACGUUCCGCCGCUGCAAUCAUUGGGUCGACGUCGGUUGUUCUAACGGAGCGCGCUAUUGCGUGGAGGAGGAGUGCGGACGGUAUAGCGAAUUUUCGGGCACGAACGGUAUUCCGUCUGAUGCUUGGCGGGCUGGAGCGAUUCUUGGUGGAAUCGCGUGCGGCCUACUGAUUCUCGUCGCUCUCACGGCGGUGUUCGCCUUCUUUAUCAAGGGAAUUUUCAACAAGUACGUUGCCGGGAUUUGCGGAUUUCUCCAAGCUUUGGCAGGUCUGAGUGUAGCUGCGACGGUGCUCAUAUAUCCCGUCGGCUGGGACGCGGACACGGUGAGGAAAGAAGCGUGCGGAUUCGAUGCCGACAAAUACAAGUUGGGCGACUGCAGCUUGGGUUGGGCAUUCUGGCUUUCGGCUGCAUCAGCGAUUCUUGCUCUCGCAGUGGCAUGUAUGUCGCCAGCGGCAAAGAAAGACUCAGAGAGCUUAUACAGCAGAGGAUACACAAUCUAAGAAGAGGUGGUGAUGUAGUCAGUGUGCACGUGAUGAUCACUGGGGCAAGAAUUAAUUAAGUUUAAGCGGGUUGCUUUUAUGAUUGUAAUUGACAUGGAGCAAUAGCAUUAGAGACUACUAUAUAGUAGGCGUAACAUAAUAGGUAUGCAGUGUUAUGUUGUUGUAUAUGGAUGUAACAAAAUGCGCGUGCGCAAAUUGA